AUGGCGAAAGAUGGACGAGCCAGCAAGUCGAAGGCCUCCAGCGGACAGAGAAAAACUCUCGAUGCAUUUUUAACUCCAAAAAAGACUUCUCCAGAGGAAUCUGCUGCGUCAUUGGCAGUUUUGAAUGCUAAAUACGCGCGGGCCAGACCUAAGAGGUCUGCAUCCAAGAAGGCGUCUCAAGCAUUUGCCGAUAUGAUUGAUCCAAGUGUGGUACAAGUAGACGAUGAAGACGAUGAUUUUGAUCCUGCUAAAGAAGUUGAAAUCGAAGAUGAUGACAUGCUUGAAUACCAAGUAACAGUUGAAGACAGUGAUAUUGUAGAACAAGAUCCAAACCGCAAGAGCAGUAGCCCCAAGAAAGCAAAAGCAGUUGGAAAAAGGGGUCGCAAGCGAAAGAAUGCAACUGAAUAUGACGAAGAUGCCAAAAGUACUUUCCCCACGUCGAAGCUUGAUAAUAAACGCAGAAUUAUACGAGGUUUAAAGGAUCUUACUUCUGCAAGAGACAAAAUUGAGAGGAUAUACGGUCUGAACGAGGAAAAGUUACUUGGUUUGGCCAAGGUAAAGGAAAGUUUUGAAGUUGGACCAUUUAACUUCCCACUUGAAAAUAUUCAAACGGACUCCCAGUACUACGUUGAUUUUGAUCCCAUUUUCAGCAAGGAAGAUGUAUCCUCCGCAUUAGCCUUAAACCAUUCACAAUACAAUGUUAUCCAAGAAUCUGAAUUUAAUGAGCUUUUCGCAAAAAGGCCGUCUGAAUUGCGUAUAGUUAUCUCAGAUUUCGAGACGCAUCUUCACACGGAUGAAAAACUCGAGUUCCCAACUUUACCUUGUGGUAAACGUACUGGGUUAGUAUACAAUACGGGAGCACUAGUGACAGAUAUGGCUUGGUUAAAUACUAUGGAGGGUGAUGACUCUUAUUUGGCAAUAUCGAUGUCACAAUAUCUCGAUGACCCAAUUAAUCCGCAUUUACAGUUAUUUUCGAAGGAAGAACACAUAUCAUGCAUAACAAUAUUCAGGUUCAGCCCGAAUACUCUUUCAUUUGAGAAGUACCACACCAUAGUGCAUAAUUUCGGGGAAACUUGGAAUCUCAAAUGGCAUGAAGGUUAUAAAACGGAAAGUGAUCUUGGUUUGUUAGGCGCUGUGUGUCAGGAUGGUUCUGUCAAAUUUUUUAAAGUGGAAAAAUGUCACUCUUACGAGAUAAGAAUGUAUGAAAACGCAUCCAUAACUAUUUCAAUUCCUCAAUCCUUAAUUUCCUGCUUUGACUUUUGCUCGCCAACAUCAAUUGUAUGCGGGUUCAAAAAUGGUAACGUUGCAGAAUUCGAACUCGGAUCCAAUAUCCCUUCAUAUUAUUACAAGAUCCACGAUUCUUACAUUAUUUCCGUGGUCACUGCUUAUUCAAAUUAUGAGGACACCGUAAUAAACACAGUGUCUGUGGAUGGAUACAUAAGUGCUUUCAAUCAAAAAGAUGUAAGAACUACCAAGUGUAUUGUAGGUAGGGCUCGCGGAGGAAAUAACAUUCCUGUUGUGUACUGUCCCCAAGUCUACAGUGUUGCACAUUCAGAUGGAGUCAACUCAGUCAAAGCUUACCCCCCAAGAGCAAUUUUUGCCAGCCACCAGAUCUGCCAACACGAAAACACUGUUAGCUCUCUAGCUGCUUCAAGAAGACACCCAUUCUUAUUAUCGGGUUCUGCAGACGGAACCUUGAUAAUAAACAAUUUGGCCAGAAGAUUCUUGACUGGAAUCAAAAACAAUACAAACGUCUACAAAUAUCUAAAACUUUGGAAAUGGGAUUACAGUCCCACAGAGGACAAGUACUGGUUGGAUCCCAAUUAUGAGGUAUUUAACUUCAGUGUUAAUGAAGUAUCAAAAGCAAGGAUCGAUCCACAUGGUGUCAACAUAUCAUGUGUAAAAUGGAAUGAAAAAGCACGAACAGGAAAGCUUUAUGCUUUUGUGAAUAACGCAGGUCUACUUGUAAUUGAAGAAUUAGGAAAGUCUGAUUAA